ACUAAUUUUUGCCCAAAAAUAAAAUUAGUUGCUGACUUGAGUACAACUUUUUUUUAGAUUAAUUAUUGAUUUUUGAAAAAAAAAACUAAUAAUAACUUAAUUUAGCCAAAUAUAAGGAUACCCAUUGCUAUGCUUGGGUAAACUCGGCUGCUAUGUCGUCCUCGUCGAAGCUCACUCGACUUCUUCCUCCAUUGUCUUUGCAAUUGCUGUAAGUUUAGAGAAAAAUGAGGAAAGGGUUACAUCCUCAGAUGCAAUGGAUAUCCUAUGUAACACAGAGUGGCAGAUUGAUGCACAUUAUGAUGACUAAAAUACACCAUGUUGGUAAAGUUUACCACUUGAAAGCGAAACGCCAAAUGGCUGAGAGCGUUGGGCAGAUUGCCAAGUUUAGGCAGCGUUAUGAGAAACAAGCUCCUGGUAAUUCUGAAAGUUGAUUUCAUCAGAGAUUUGUAGUGUUCUUAAAAGUGUUUCAGUUGGCCGUCCUUUGAAAUAAACAUGAACCUAUUGAGUGCAGUGAAGCACCACUUUUUUUUUAUGUAUUUAGAUGCUUUGUUUUGGAGAAAGGUCUUCAUUUUAUUCUCAUAUUACUACUGACUUCUACUCAGUUUUCGAAGGUUAUAUGAAGUUUUAGAAUUUUGAGUUA